AUGGACCCAAAAGUUGGAAUUGGCGUCUUUGUUUUCAAUGCUAUGGGCAAAUUCGUCAUUGGCAAGCGAAAAGGAAGCCUUGGCGCUGGCACAUGGGGAUUACCAGGUGGACACCUCGAGUUCGGUGAAUCCUUCGAGACCUGCGCAGCCCGUGAGACAUUUGAAGAAACAGGUCUGAAGAUGCAGGAUGUGAGAUUCCUGAAUGCCACGAAUUCAAUCAUGAAGGCAGAGAAUAAGCAUUACGUCACCAUUUUUAUGGGUGGUGUCUGUGAGGAGGGCAUUGAUCCUCAGAUCCUUGAGCCGGAGAAGUGUGAGGCGUGGGACUGGAUCUCGUGGGAUGAGUUGCGGGUGUGUGGCGAGGAGGAGAUGAACGCGGGUGUUGGGUUUGAGGGAAGGAGAUUGUUUUUGCCUCUUUUGGAAUUGUUUAGACAGCGCCCCGAUUUUCGGAUUUGA